AUGGAAGCAUUUGAUCUCGUUAUCACCAAUGGCGUAUGUGUUACCGCUGCAGAUAUAGGUGCUUACGAUGUUGCCAUUAAAGAGGGUAAAAUCGCCUUGCUUGCUCCAUCGGGAUCACUUGUUGGGACAAAUGCGUUGCGGAUAAUUGACGCCGAGGGCGCAUACGUGACACCUGGUGGCGUUGAUUGCCAUGUUCAUCUUCAAGAACCUGCCAUGUUUGGGAAGGGUUCCUCAUCUGAUACAUUUGAAACAGGAACCCGAUCGGCAAUUGCUGGAGGCUGUACCACCAUUGUUUGCUUCGCUCCCCAACAGAGACACGAGCCCUCACUUCUAAAGCCUUUGGCUGACGCCCACGAGAAGGCUCGAGGGAACACCUACUGCGACUACGGAUUCCAUCUGCUUGUCUCCAAUCCCACUGAGACGGCUCUCUCCGAGCUUGGAAUGCUCAAGGUCGAGGGCGUCACAUCCCUCAAGAUCUAUAUGACCUAUGAGGCGCUCCAGCUCCGUGACGAUCAAAUCUUAUCGGUUCUUCACCAUGCUCGUAGCAACCAUAUUCUCACUAUGAUCCAUGCGGAGAAUGGUGAUAUUCUGAACUGGCUGACAGAUCAACUUGAAGCUAGCAAACUCUUUGCGCCAAAAUAUCAUGCAACAUCGCGUCCGCCUGCCCUUGAAGCGGAAGCAACCAACCGUGCCAUCGUGCUAUCCUCUAUCAUUGCUAAUACGCCUAUCUUGCUAGUGCAUAUUAGCGACCCAGAUGCAACAUAUCGCAUUCGGCAAGCCCAGACAGCUGGCCAGCCUAUCUUUGCUGAGACUUGCCCGCAGUACCUCUUUCUUACGCGCAACGAUCUAGAUGCGCCAGGCUUCGAGGGUGCCAAGUUCGUGUGCUCACCACCCCCACGCGAUGAAGCAUCACAGGAUGUUAUUUGGGAGGGCCUACGGAAUGGAACAUUUACUGUUCUGAGCUCAGAUCAUUGUCCUUUCUCCUAUGAUGAUACAGAGAAGGGCAAGAAGGCUUGCAUUACGCAUGAGCAUCCUGUCGGAAAGUUCAGGCACAUUCCCAACGGAAUUCCUGGGGUAGAAACGAGACUCCCUCUUGUGUUUUCUGCCAAUAAGCUGCCCCUAACCAAAUUCGUGGAGGUGACAUCAACAAAUGCGGCAAAGCUGUAUGGGCUAUAUCCGAAGAAGGGAGCAAUGAUACCUGGCGUGUCAGAUGCGGAUCUCGUGAUUUGGUAUCCGAAUGACAAGUUGCCUAACGUGACCAUUCGAAACGAAGCAUUGCACCACGCAAAUGACUAUACACCGUACGAAGGCAAGACAGUGGAGAACUGGCCAAGAUAUACAAUCUUGCGCGGUAUGGUUGUAUGGGAUAACGGAGAGAUAGUAGGUAAGAAGGGAUAUGGCGAGUUUGUGCAGCGACAGGCUGGUGUAUUGAAUGAUAUUUGGAAGUUUGUGGGAAAGCAGGAAUUAUUGUAUUCAUACUAG